AUGCCCGCGGCCGUUACCAUCGACCACAGCGCGUACCCGCACAUCAUCUCACGGAUCCUCACGUACGCCGACCUCGAGACGCAGAACGCGCUCGCGCGGACCUCGAAGGCCUACUACGACGCGUUUGACGCAACCGCCAGGCGGCACGUCGUCGUCCGUACGCGCGGAGACACGGUCACGAUCGGCACGCGCGUUGGCGGGCGGCACCGGCGCUCCAUGACGGUACCGUACCAGAAGCCGUCCAAGUACGCCCCCGAGCAGCGGAACGCGUUCUACAAGUUCCUGCGGGAGGGGGUCACGGGCUCCGAGGUCACCGACGUCGAGUACCCCGCACACAACAUGCUCACGUGGGGCCAGUUCCGGGCGCCUGGCGUCGCGCGCGUCCACACGCUACGCGUCGUCGCCACGUCGUGCGUCCCCGCCCACCGACUGUCCCACUACGCCUGGAGCCCGUUGAGCACAUGUGACUCGCUCGUCGUCUUCUCGCACAUCAACCCCCCGUCGUCGCGCGCAACCGGGGACGAACCGGACGCAGACUACUACGAGCUCGUGGGGGAAGAUUACCCCAAGUACGUGUUCAACAGCCGCCACCGGCUCGUCAUCAACAUCGACAUCCCGCCCGACGCACAGCAGCGCCCGCACCGCAACCGCUGUCAGCUGCUCUACAACCCACGCGCGGGCACGACAGGCGACACCGACUACCGGUCAGAACAGGUCAUGGUGUUCCGAGCCACGGGAGCGCACGUGCGGCAGCAAGAUCCAGUCCGCGAUCCGUGGUGGGAGCCCAUCGCGCUCCGGCUUGCGAAGGACAUUCGCGCGAGCUGCAGGUAUACCUUUGUCGGCGCCGACGCGUUCCAGCCGCCGAUGGCACUUGGUGACAAUGGGGAGAUCGUGGCCAGCUUUGAGGACAUUGUGCGCGGCGAGCAUCACAAGCUGCACACUCAGGCAUUGGACGAGGAGGAGGAGGAGCCCGACGCGGUGGAGCCGACUGCGCCGCCCACGUUCGACUUUGUAACCCGCGACCAGUAUCGCGCCAGUGUCGGCGAGGAGCAGUUUGCAAUCGACACGGGCGUGUAG